AUGGUUCAGUACCAAUUUAUGGCCCUCGCCGUCACCGCCGUCACAGCCAAGAUCUCGGUCCAAGUGCAUCGCAACUUGGAAAUCGCCAAGCAGUCGAAUGUCGUGGUGAAAUUUCACUGUGAUGAGGCCCUCUCCACCCACCGCCGCCGACUCAAGGUUGGCGCGUCUCGCACCGAAACCAUUGAGUCGCUGGUUGAUUCGUUGAAGGAGCACACCACCAAGUCUCAGGCGUCGGUCAAGUCGCUCUUGACCGACGAAGUUGAAUCGACGGAUGUGGAAGUGGCGGGUACGACAUGGAUCGACUGUUCCAUGUACGUCAACAACGCCCCCACCAACCUCGUCCAGAAGAUCGCGGCGGUCCCGGAAGUCGAAUCCAUUUACGAGCCAGUUACAAUGACACUUGAUGAAACCAAAAGCAAUGACAAACCAGCCAGUGCUGUCAAUGAGGCCAUCCAAUGGGGGGUCAAGAAGAUCCAAGCGCCGGCGCUGUGGGCCAAGGGCAUCAAGGGCGAAGGCAUUGUCGUGGCCAACAUCGACUCCGGUGUUCACUAUUCACACGAGUCGUUGAAGUCGAACUGGCGAAGUGAAUACGGUUGGUUCGACCCGCACAACAAGUCGAACCAGCUGCCCGACGACUACGAUGGCCACGGCACUCACGUCAUGGGCAUCAUGGUGGGAACAAAAGGUAUUGGUGUCGCCCCCAAGGCCAAAUGGAUUGCGUGCAAAGGGUGCAAGGACACGUGCGAUCAACGUAUGGUCGUCGAAUGCGCUCAAUUCCUUCUUUGUCCCCACGACAACGACGUCAAGAAAUGCGACCCCAGCAAGGCUCCUCAUGUGAUCAACAUGAGCGUUGGAGUGUACAACGCGAACUUUUAUUUGGAUGAGAUGAUUAAAAAGUGGAGAGCAGCGGGAAUCAUUCCCGUGUUGUCGAACGGCAACGACGGCCGUAAAGGCUGUUGGCAUUCAGGUUAUCCUGGCAUAUCCCCUCAAGGGAUUGCUGUCGGCUACACUGACGCUAACGAUUUUUUGGCGUUGGAUUCAAGUUUGGGACCUUCCUUCGUGAACGAUAAACUCGUCAAACCCGACAUUUCUGCUCCUGGUGUCCGAAUCCGUUCCGCAGCACACUACAGUGACAAUGGUUAUUUGUUCACUUCUGGCGCGAGCAUGGCCACGCCUCAUGUUUCUGGAGCCAUCGCCUUGUACUUGUCUGCCAAUAACGGCGCCUCGUACGACCAAGUGUACAGGGCCCUGACCGAGAAUGCGGUCACGGACACGUUAACUCCACCCAACAAGACCUGCGGUGGCAUUCCCAACACGCAGUAUCCCAACAACCUCUUUGGUCACGGCCGCUUGAACAUCUUCAACGCCGUGGAUGCUAGCAUCCGCGGCCUGACUCUUCCCCCACCAUCCGAGUCCACCCAAGUCCUGAACCCGACCGAUGACCUAAGCACGUGUGGCACCUUGGAAGACAACACGCACUAUGUUGGCGGCGACUUGGCUUCGUUCAAUCUGACGACUGUUGAAUCCUGCUGCGCUGAAUGUAAAAAGACACCGCGAUGUAAAGCGUUUGUGUGGUAUACCCUCAACGGUGGCUUGUGCCGGCUCAAGGACACCCAAGGUCGAAAGGUGCAUGUGGACGGAGCCAAGGCUGGCGUGCUACCAGCCCCAGCCUCGGGACGACGGCCGUAG